ACAGCACAUGGGAAGCAUGUGAUAGAGCUUGAAGGACCUGUUUUCGAGAAGGGAGGUGGCGUGCGCGAUAAAGGCUCCUUUUUAGAGGAAGGUGCUCCACGGCCGGCGGUCUGUCACUCCUGGAACCAGAGCCGGGGGCAGUGGGGUUGGGCAGGCAGCAGGCUGCUGCCGCUCGCCCCGUGUCUUCUGGUCGCCCCUCCCCACAGGCUCCCCCGGUCCGCCUCCUGGGGGCCAUCAUGAAUGGAUCCCCGUCCCCGGAGGAUGGGGCCUCCCCCUCUCCUCCCCCGCUGCCCCCUCCCCCUCCUCCUAGUUGGCGGGAGUUCUGCGAGUCGCACGCCCGGGCCGCCGCCCUGGAUUUUGCCCGCCGCUUUCGCCUCUACCUGGCCUCCCACCCUCAGUAUGCGGGGCCGGGGGCCGAGGCCGCCUUCUCCCGCCGGUUUGCUGAGCUCUUCCUGCAGCACUUUGAAGCCGAGGUGGCCCGGGCCUCCGGCUCCCUCUCGCCACCCAUCCUGGCGCCCCUGAGUCCUGGUGUGGACAUCCCGCCACAGGACCUGUCCCUUGAGAGCUGCAGGGUGGGUGGGCCCCUGGCUGUGUUGGGCCCUUCUCGAUCAUCCGAGGACCUGGCCGGCCCCCUCCCUUCCUCGGUCUCUUCCUCUUCGACGACCUCCUCGAAGCCGAAGCUCAAGAAACGCUUCUCCCUCCGCUCAGUGGGUCGCUCCGUCCGCGGCUCAGUCCGUGGCAUCCUGCAGUGGCGGGGGGCCGUGGACCCUCCCUCCCCAGCGGGGACCCUCGAGACCUCAUCGGGCCCCCCGGUCCUGGGUGGAAACAGCAACUCCAACUCCUCUGGGGGGGCCGGGACCGUUGGCAGGGGACUGGUUAGUGACGGAACAUCCCCUGGGGACCGAUGGACUCACCGGUUCGAGCGGCUGAGACUCAGUCGGGGCGGGGGGGCCUUGAAAGACGGAGCAGGGACCGUGCAGAGGGAAGAGCUGCUGAAUUUCAUGGGGGCUGAAGAGGCAGCCCCCGACCCAGCUGGAGUAGGCCGGGGAGGAGGGGCAGCUGGGCCGACCUCAGGGGGAGGAGGGCAGCCUCAGUGGCAGAAGUGUCGCUUGCUGCUCCGCAGUGAAGGAGAAGGAGGAGGAGGAAGUCGCCUGGAGUUCUUUGUGCCGCCCAAGGCGUCUCGGCCUCGGCUCAGCAUCCCCUGCUCUACCAUCACGGACGUGCGGACAACCACGGCCCUGGAGAUGCCUGACCGGGAGAACACGUUUGUGGUUAAGGUGGAAGGCCCCUCAGAAUACAUCCUGGAGACAGCCGAUGCUUUACACGUGAAGGCCUGGGUGUCUGACAUCCAGGAAUGCCUGAGUCCGGGACCCUGCCCUGCCACCAGUCCCCGCCCCAUGACCCUCCCCCUGGCCCCUGGGACCUCAUUCCUUACAAGGGAGAACACGGACAGCCUGGAGCUGCCCUGCCUGAAUCACUCAGAGAGUCUGCCCAGCCAGGAUCUGCUGCUGGGAGCCAGCGAGAGCAAUGACCGCCUGUCACAGGGGGCCUAUGGGGGCCUUGCAGACCGGCCCUCAGCGUCCAUCUCCCCCAGCUCCGCCUCCAUUGCCGCCUCCCACUUUGACUCCAUGGAACUGCUUCCCCCAGAGUUGCCCCCCCGCAUCCCCAUUGAAGAGGGGCCCCCUGCGGGCACCGUUCACCCCCUCUCAGCCCCCUACCCGCCCCUGGACACUCCGGAAACGGCCGCAGGUACCAGAGGAUCAUUCCUGUUCCAGGGGGAGUCAGAGGGAGGAGAAGGGGACCAGCCCCUCUCAGGGCACCCUUGGUUCCACGGGAUGCUCUCUCGACUCAAGGCCGCGCAGCUAGUGCUGGCGGGCGGUGCUGGCUCCCACGGGGUGUUCCUGGUGCGGCAGAGUGAGACGAGGAGGGGCGAGUACGUCCUCACCUUCAACUUCCAGGGCAAGGCCAAGCACCUGCGCCUGUCGCUGAACGAGGAGGGUCAGUGCCGGGUCCAGCACUUGUGGUUCCAGUCCAUUUUCGAUAUGCUCGAGCAUUUCCGGGUGCACCCCAUCCCUCUGGAGUCUGGAGGCUCCAGUGACGUUGUUCUUGUCAGCUAUGUCGUGUCCUCCCAGCGGCAGCAGGAACCGAACACCUCCCAUGACCCACCCCAGCCCCCUGAACCCCCUCCAUGGACAGAUCCCCCACAUCCUGGGGCAGAAGAGGCGUCGGGGGCGCCAGAAGUGGCGGCAGCAGCAGCCACAGCAGCCAAAGAGAGGCAAGAGAAAGAGAAAGCGGGCAGUGGAGGGGUCCAGGAAGAGCUGGUCCCCGUGGUCGAGCUGGUCCCCGUGGUUGAAUUGGAAGAGGCCGUAGCACCAGGCACCGCGGCCGAGGGCGGCGCUGGCUCUGGUGGGGACCCCGGGGCCGCCCCGACGGUGCAGCUCCAGCAGUCGCCACUAGGGGUCGGCGGAGACGAAGGGGCCCAUCCCCGAGCCGUUCGUAACCAGUACUCCUUCGUGUGAGCCUGCCCCGCUGGUCCUCCGCCCCUCUGGCCCCCAGCGCUUAGCUGGUGACAUCGUGCCUGGUGGGGACGCAGAGCAGCGGUAGGAAUCCCCUCCCCACGUGCUUCCUGACCCUUGACGGCCAAGGGCAUCCGCGUUGGUACAAGAAGAGGUUCGAGAGCCCUGUUCACUCCCCAGUCCAUACACUACAGGUGCCCCAUCCCCUGGGCAGGGGAUCUGGGCUCCGUUACCUCCCUGAGGGGCUCUUACGGUCAGCCCCACCCCUGGGGGCCAUUUCCCCACUAACCACCCCCAGCCCGAAGCAGGGUGAGGGGGAAGGGCUGUCAGUUACUUUAAGGUGGUUGUUGUUGUUGUUUUAAACAAAAUGGAGAAGCAUAAAUAAAUAAAAGGGUUUAUCUCAGUUCCAUCGGA